ACUCUCAGUCAUUCAUCCACCUACAAAAAGCACCGACCCAAGGGGUCCCCGGGCUGCUGAGGAGAUUCGAGAGGGGGCGCGGCCUCGCCGGGAAGUGGGGUGCUGGUAGGCUGGGAGAAGCUGGAGCAGACUGGUCCCGGGCGGAGGUGGGGAGGCAAUGUUUCCACGAGCACCAGCUUGAACCGCACGGGUGAGAGGUGGUCCCCGGAGAUGUUCAGGUCGCCCCAACCCGCGCCAGGCUCCCGCCUAGGCAGCAGGGGAACCUGCAGCACCCGCGCGCGGCCCGCGAAACUGCCGCCAGGAGGCGCCCCGAGCGCGUCGGGUACCCCUGCCCGCCCGCCCACCCGCCCGCUGGGGGAGGGUUGGGAUCCCCUGGGCCAGCCCCGAGCCGGCCAGGGAACCCGCGGGGAGCAGAGUGCACCGGACUUGCGGCCCAGCGUCCCGGGCUGUCACUGCCACCGCGCACUGCGCGCUCCGAGCCGGGACGCGGCACCUGGGGAGCCCGUGCUACCCUCCCGCCGGGCAGGACCGCAGACCCGGCAGCACUCGCCGGGCCAGGCCAUGUGUGCCGGGGCGUGCAGUCCCCCGGGCGGCCGGGCACAACGGAUCGCACCCCUCUGGGGCCUGGCGGCCGCGCUGGGGAUACUGUGGCCCCCAGCGUCGCAGGCGUUCAACCUGGACGUGGACAAGCUCACGGUGUACAGCGGCCCCGAGGGCAGCUACUUCGGCUACGCGGUGGACUUCCACAUACCUGCGGCGCGCACGGCCAGCGUCUUGGUGGGGGCGCCCAGGGCCAACACGAGCCAGCCGGACAUCGUGGAAGGGGGCGCGGUCUAUUACUGCCCUUGGCCCGCGGAGGGGUCUGCCCCCUGCAAACAGAUCCCGUUUGACACCACCAACAAUCGGAAGAUCAGAGUUAAUGGAACCAAGGAACCUAUAGAAUUUAAAUCGAACCAAUGGUUUGGAGCAACAGUGAAAGCCCACAAAGGAAAAGUUGUGGCCUGUGCUCCUUUAUAUCACUGGAGAACUCUUAAACCGUCGCCAGAAAAAGACCCAGUUGGCACUUGUUAUGUAGCAAUUCAGAAUUUCAGCGCCUAUGCAGAGUAUUCUCCUUGUCGAAACAGCAAUGCUGACCCAGAAGGCCAGGGCUAUUGCCAAGCAGGAUUUAGUCUGGAUUUUUAUAAGAAUGGAGACCUUAUAGUUGGAGGACCUGGAAGUUUUUAUUGGCAAGGUCAGGUGAUCACUACCAGCAUUGCAGAUAUCAUUGCAAAUUACUCAUUCAAGGAUAUUCUAAGGAAAUUGGCUCGAGAAAAACAGACAGAAGUGGCUCCAGCUUCCUAUGAUGACAGUUACCUUGGGUACUCAGUUGCUGCUGGGGAAUUUACUGGAGACACUCAGCAAGAACUGGUAGCUGGAGUUCCAAGAGGAGCACAGAAUUUUGGAUAUGUCUCAAUCAUUAACUCUACAGACAUGACCUUCAUUCAGAAUUUCACUGGUGAACAGAUGGCAUCUUAUUUUGGAUACACGGUUGCAGUUUCAGAUGUUAACAACGAUGGAAUGGAUGAUAUACUGAUAGGGGCCCCCCUCUUUAUGGAACGUGAAUUUGAGAGUAGUCCUAGAGAAGUCGGACAAGUUUACCUGUAUCUGCAAAUAAGCGCCAUAGUCUUCGGGGACCCCCAAGUCCUCAUAGGCACCGAGGUUUUUGGGAGAUUUGGAAGCUCAGUGGCACACUUAGGAGACCUGAACCAAGAUGGAUACAAUGACAUUGCUAUUGGUGCACCAUUCGCAGGCAAGGAUCAAAGAGGCAAAGUGCUCAUUUACAAUGGGAACAAGGAUGGCUUAAACACCAGGCCUUCCCAAAUUCUGCAAGGAAUAUGGGCUUCCCAGGCUGUGCCAUCUGGAUUUGGCUUUACUUUAAGAGGAGAUUCAGACAUUGACAAGAAUGAUUACCCAGAUUUAAUUGUGGGUGCAUUUGGAACAGGAAAAGUAGCUGUUUACAGAGCUCGGCCUGUCGUGACAGUGGAUGCCCAGCUUCUGCUGCACCCGAUGAUUAUCAACCUGGAAAAUAAGACUUGCCAGAUUCCAGACUCUCUGACAUGGGUGGCCUGCUUUUCCUUAGGAGUAUGUGCUUCGGUAGCAGGCCAGAGCAUCUCAAACACAAUUGGCCUGAUUGCUGAGGUUCAACUAGAUUCUCUGAAGCAAAAGGGGGCCAUCAAACGCACCCUCUUCCUAAACAACCAUCAGUCCCAUCUGGUCUUCCCUCUCCAGAUAAGGCAGCAGAAACCCCACCAAUGCCAGGGCUUUCUUGUCUACCUUCGGGACGAAACUGAAUUUCGAGAUAAAUUAUCUCCAAUCAACAUUAGUUUGAACUACAGUUUGGAUGAAUCCACCUUUAAAGAAGGCUUGGAAGUGAAACCAAUACUGAAUUACUACCAAGACAAUGCUGUGAGUGAACAGGCUCACAUCCUGGUGGACUGUGGAGAAGACAACAUGUGCAUUCCUGACUUAAAGCUGUCAGCUCAAUCAGACAAACAGCAGGUCAUCAUUGGAGAUGAAAACCACCUUACACUCACUAUCAGUGCAAGGAAUGAAGGCGAAGGGGCCUAUGAAGCUGAACUCUUUGUGACAAUCCCAGAAGAGGCAGAUUAUGUUGGGAUUGAACGCAGCAGCAAGGGAUCGCGCCCACUGAGCUGUGAGCACAGGAUGGACAAUGUAACCCGGAUGGUGGUGUGUGACCUGGGGAACCCUAUGGUCACUGGAACAAACCAUUCUCUGGGCCUCCGGUUUACAGUUCCACGUCUUGAAAAAACAAAUAUGAGCAUUAACUUCGAGCUGCAAAUUAGAAGUUCCAACACGGACAACCCAGACAGCAAUUUUGUGAGCCUGCAAAUCAACGUCACUGCUAUAGCUCAAGUAGAAAUAAGAGGGGUAUCCCACCCUCCACAGAUUGUUCUGCCCAUUCAUAACUGGGUACCUGAAGACAAGCCCCGUAAAGAAGAGGGAGUUGGACCAUUGGUGGAACAUAUUUAUGAGCUGCACAACAUCGGACCAAGUACUAUCAGUGACACACUUCUGGAGGUGGGCUGGCCAUUCUCUGCUCAGGAUGAAUUUCUCCUUUAUAUUUUUCAUAUUCAAACUCUGGGACCUCUACGAUGUCAAACAAAUCCUGCUAUCAACCCACAAGACAUAAAGCCUGCCGCCCCUCCAGAGGAUACUCCUGAGCUAAGCGCCUUUUUGCAAAACUCGACCAUCCCUCAUCUUGUCAGGAAGAGAGAGGCACCCAUGCUGGAGCCCCACAGACAGAACCCAGCAAAAAUCCUGAACUGCACAAAUAUCAAAUGCUUGCAAAUCUCCUGCACAGUGGGCCGACUAGAAGGAGGAGAGAGCGCUGUUCUGAAAGUGAGGUCAAGGCUCUGGGCUGACACAUUUCUCCAGCGAAAAAAUUAUCCCUAUUCUCUUGCAUCCAUGGUGUCCUUUGAAGUUAAGAAGAUGCCAUAUAAAGAUCAGCCAACAAAACUCCCCAAAGGAAACAUAGCGAUUAAGACAUCAGUUAUUUGGGCAACUCCAAAUGUUUCCUUUUCAAUCCCAUUAUGGGUAAUAAUACUAGCAAUACUUCUUGGAUUAUUGGUUCUGGCUCUUUUGACGUUAGCUUUAUGGAAGUGUGGAUUCUUUGACCGGGCCAGACCCCCUCAAGAUGAUAUGACUGACAGGGAACAACUGACCACCGAGAAAACCACAGAUGCAUGAAGAGGAACCAAAGGCGAACCAACUCAGACACUGGCCCAACUCAAAGAAAAGAAGGAACAAAGGUUUUCCUCAACCUGUCGGUGACCCAGGACACAUCAGAACCUUGGAACAUAUCACCUCAUCUACACACUACACUUGGGAGAAGUUGCCAUAGAGUUCACCGGCCCUUUUGGAAAAGGAAAUAGCCUCAACACUAUAGAAAAACUCAGCCAUCAUAGCAGACUACUUUUGCUUUGGUUAUGCUGUCUUUGGCAGACACAUUGAAUUGAAGAUGGGAACUGAACUUGCUUUCCAGGUAAAAACCUGCCUGAUGUCACAAUGGUAAAAUGUCUGAGUCACUCUAGGAUUUAGAAGGUGCACUAGAACUGAGCCUUCCAACACUACUGUAUCCAAUGGAACAUUUAACACCUCCCUAUGGAAAAGAAACAUUUCUGAUGGCAUCAUGACUCAGGGAGACAAGCAUGUUGUUGGGACUGUGAACAUACUUUUGAAAAGACAAAGAUAAUCUUGAAAGUGAGGGAAGCUUUUAUUUAUCUUCUGUUUCUCCAGGCUGAUUUUCCAGUCAUCUUGGGGGUUUGGAAAUGAAGAUUUUGGCUAGCUGGUUUUUGAAAUCACUCACUAAAUAUCCUUCUAAGACAAGCAUUUUGUGCAGAUAAGUGUGACAGAGUUUUUCUAGGAUUUAGACAACUUAAGGAAAAGCAGAUAACUUUGAGGAGGCAGUUUCAUGUAAGACCUUGCCGCCUUCUACCUGAAGUUACUUUUAUUCACUCUCCCCACAGACUCAAUCUGCUUAAUUUAGCUUUUUGCUAUCUCCCCUUACAAAAGCACCUCCUCCCCCCAGUUUAGUUAACACUACAGGAAUUUCAAGGUGCUCACUACCCUGUGUAGUGUUUCAAAGUGAUAGCAAAAUUUCUGGGGUUCACUCAUUAACAAAACAGUUAACAUAUGAGUGUUAUGUUAAUAGCCAUAAUAUUUAGCUUAGGAUUAAGUCCCUGUUCUCUGCACUAUUUUUUCAAACUGAUAGAACCAGACAAAACAUGUAAAGCAUAAGUAGGGAGGAAAUAUAAAGUGAUAUAGAUGUGAGAGGAACCAGAAAAUUAGAUUCCUAAGGAACUUAGAACUGCCUUUCAAUUUUUACUACUCAUUUUUACGACUAGUCUUUUCUAGUACAUGUUGGAAAAUAAUCUUUAACCUGUCUUCCCUUCAUCUUGGAUUUAAGCAUCACAAAACUUGAUGUCUAAAGCCCCUGUAAAUAGUCCAUAAUCAUGUGUGAUAAUCUCCUUUUUGAAGUAAGAUGGACCAGCCAAAUUCAUAUAGUCUGUAUUUUGUACAGACAGUUUGUAUCCGUUUGAAAUGUUAAAAAAUUACUUAUGAAGAAAUGCUGAAGAAAUUUUUAUAUUUAUGUGCAAUAUUUUAUAGACCUAUGUAUCAAAAGAGCAUGUUUACACUGGCAUUUUUUAUUGUUUAAAUUAACAUCCUGAAUAUUAAGUACAAUAGAACAAGAGGACCCAAAUCCUUCUGUUUACAAAGCAGUUGGAAAAUCUGUAUCCCCACUGCAACAACACUUGAUUUGAAAGAUGAGGCCAACUCCCACCCAGACACUAAAUUUUCUGUCAUGCCUGAACCUAGAGAAGAGCCAUUGGCUGUGGUUUCAGAGCCUCAUUGGAAACCAAAUGAAAGGCACAUGGGAGGACACACAGAUGCAGUUCGUGUUCCUCCUGCUGGAAAUAAAAUCCUUUUGAGGUAGUUGUUUCAAGUCUGUCUCACUGGGUGUAGAUCACUCAUCCCUUUAGGAGCUGGAGGGUCUGACACCAGCCUGUCAGGGGGUAGGGGAUGUUCUUUGGUGUUAGAGAGUGUCUAGGAGAUUUGGUUUUGUUGGGAGCUGGUCAUCUGUGGGAUAUGAUUGUAAGGAUUCCCCAAGACAGGUCUCUGCCCCCAAGUAAAGCCCUAACACUUGUUGACUUUUGACCAACAGAGAUGCAGCCCUCAGGAUUCUGUGUUAUACAGAAUCUCUAGGUAAACACAAUUGUCACUUCUUAAAUUAUUUUUUAUCAGUGAUUUGCCAGUUUUGCAAUAUUAUAAGAUGAAAAUAGGUACAGUCUCCGUGGAAAACUUAUACAGAGUUCUUGGACAAAUAAAAUUGGAAAUACCUUAUGAUCCAGAAAUACCACUCCUAGGCAUAUAUCCAAAGGACAUGGAAACACUUGUUUGAAAGGAUUUACGCAUCCCUAUGUUCAUAGCUGCACUACUCACAAUAACCAAAGCAUGGAAGCAAGCAACCACUGCCUUUUUAGCAAUCAUUUCUGACAGAACUUUUUAUCAGUCUAGAUCAAGGAGACUCUGUGAACAGAGGUCUCCAGGCACCUAAAUGUGACAGGAAGGGGCAGGAGCAAGACUGGGACUCAGGACAGAACAGGUCUGAGGGUUUCCAAAGUCAGCCAUGCCUUCCUCACAGUUCUGGUCAAAAAGGUUCCCUUUUAGAGAGCCUCAUGCCACAGGUUUCUUCCUCAGAGGUCAACAUACAGGCAGUGCCUUCUCCAACACUCAGACGUGGACUCCAAUUAAGGAAAGGGGCCCUCUGGGGACAACUGAACCCCCAGCUAUCUGUCAUAAAGGAUUACCAAUGCACUAACUAUCUGCUUCUGGUCAUAACACUGCUGUUUGUUUCUGCAGACAAAACGGUGCCACAGACUCCUCUGAGAGUCUCCUUAUAGUUUAACUAUCCCUUCUACAAUUCUUGGAACUGUUUUUUUUUUUUCAGACAAGGAAAAGGUGGACCAAUUGAGUGUUGUAACUUUUUAUACAGUAUGCAAAUAACAUGUACUAUUCACCACUGAAAAGCCUCUCUUUGAACAACACUCUUUUCCUUGUUUUAUUUAAAUGUGUGUGUGUGUGUAGAUAUGUGCAAAGAUUUCCAUGUACCUAUUUACCCUGUCACUAAUAAAGUUUAAAAACUAAAGACACAA